AGGUAGCACGGGCCCUGAGAGCAAGACAUAGCUGUGUGCUGACGGCAGAAAGAAGGCCGAGGCAGUUAAAUGCAGGAAAACUGACUGGAAAGCGAGCUCCCCUAUCUCCUGGGCUAAGAGGUCUGAAAGAAGAGGGAACAUGGAGCCACUGAGCUGAGAAACCUGAGGAAAAUGGGGGAAGGAUGGAGCAGGCAUGGGGGAAGGGAUCAAGGUAACAGGAGUUGCUAUGAAAGAGGUCUUGUGGUAGCAAGCAUGACUUGUCCCCAUAGCUAAGCAGGGUCUGCCCUGGUUGCAUAUGAAUGGGAGACUUGAUGUGUGAGCACUGCAAGAUAUUCCCCUCAGGGGAUGAAGCCGCUCUGGGAAGAGCAGAAGGUUUCAAGUUCCCUCCCUGGCUUCUCCAAGAUAGGACAAGAUUUUUUUAUUGAACCAACAAACUCCAAAGCAUACAGUAUGUUGCCAGGUUUCAAGUUCCCUCCCUGGCUUCUCCAAGACAGGGCUGAGAGAGAUUUGUGCCUGCAACCUUGGAGAAGCCGCUGCCAGUCUGUGAAGACAAUACUGAGCUAGAUAGACCAAUGGUCUGACUCAGUAUAUGGCAGUUUCCUAUGUUCCUAGGAUCUAGAAACAUUAGAGCUGGCAAGGAAGAAGAUAGAGGGUGAACAAAGGAAGUAAGACCAAGUAAGAACCGAACAACACCUUACAUUACAUGAAUUUUAAAGCAAUGUGAUUAAGACUAACUAGCUGUCUUUCUAAGCAAAAUGCAGCCUUGUGAGAGGGCGAUAGGGGUCAGCAUCAAAUAGCAUCUAGAGUGCACAGCUGUCAGCAGGAAAACAACACCAGGGGAAAGGAUAAACCAUGGUCCCAUCCUAGGCUUGGCCCCCCCACCACCACUGUAUUUUGCUUAGAAAGAAGAGCCAUCCUGUCUUAAAUCACACUACUUUAAAAUGCAUUUAAUUCAACAUGUAGUUUGAUCCAAAGCAGUGAGGUGAAAAGCAAAGGUCUGAGGGGGAAAUAGCUGUGGAGGCUGAGGUAUGAAGGACUGGGAGGCAAAGGUAUAGCUUUUAUGAAAAAGAAGAAGCCUGAGUUAAAGCAAGGCUGUGGGCAAGCUUCACACAAGGUCUAGGGACAAGACUCUGUGCUGUUGGUAGGAAUGGGGAUUAUGGGCCAAGCAGGCCAGGAUGUUGGCAUUGUGUUUUGCUUGUUUUUGCUUCAUUCAUUUGACAUUUCGAUGUUCAUUCCCUUCUCUUCUGUCUUAGACACUGCAAAUGUCCAGGCAACCCACCACUGCUCUAAAGCAGCUGCCUGUGUUCCUGCUGAGGAAGAAACAGUGCCUUACCCCUCACCACCAAACACACCAAUACCAUGGGAGGUGGCACUCAUGGCUGAGUCAUUGAGGGGUCAUGUGGAGGUGACCCUUGCCACAACCCCAGACAAUAGGACAUUGUGAGGGCAGGGGGUGAAUGAGAGAACACUGCUCCCUUUCCGGGGCUGGUGGGGAAGAACCCUUCAUUAUCGGUGUUGAUUAGGCCCUGGAGGCUAAGCAAGGUUAUGUGGGUUGUUGGAGGGAUAAUUUGGAGUGGGGGGUCACACACUGCUUCCUUCCCCCUCAAGCCCCCAUGCCCAGAGAUAAAGAGCCUUUUAUGGAUGUACAUGGCUUUGUGUUUUCUGCAUGAAAAGCACGCUCGUUAGCAGUACUUUAAAUAGUCUUUCAGAAAGGCUAACGAAGCCUGGAUGGGGGUUGAGAGCAGGCAAGGACAGACUGUGCCACCCCCCCAAACCUGGAAUGUGGGGUCAAAGGCGACCUCGAGAACCAUUCAGGCCCUUGGGUGCCUGUGCUGUGAGGAAUGGGCUGCAGAGUUCUCCUGCCGUCCCCACCAUGUUUGUCACAAAGCAAAGCUGAGUCAAAUAUGGGAAAGCCUGCAAGUUGAAGGGGAAGAAGAGGUCAGGCAGGGCUUAGUUUUGAAACAGGAGUUAUUUUAUUUGUAUUCUUUUGUUCCAUCCAAGAGCUCAGUGUGGCAUAGAUGUGGGUACAUCCCUAGCUACUUGGACAAAGAUGAACAGUGUGUUGUAUGUGGAGACAAAGCCACGGGGUACCACUACCGAUGUAUCACCUGUGAAGGCUGCAAGGGCUUUUUCCGACGGACCAUCCAGAAGAACCUGCACCCAACAUACUCCUGCAAGUAUGAUGGUUCCUGCAUCAUUGACAAGAUCACCCGCAACCAGUGCCAGCUUUGCCGAUUCAAGAAGUGCAUUGCCGUUGGCAUGGCCAUGGACUUGGUGCUAGAUGACUCCAAGAGAGUAGCUAAGCGGAAGCUGAUUGAAGAGAACCGGGAGAGGAGGCGCAAAGAAGAGAUGAUGAAAUCUCUUCAGCACCGGCCGGAGCCAACUGCAGAGGAAUGGGAGUUAAUCCAGAUUGCCACGGAGGCACACCGCAGUACCAAUGCCCAAGGCAGCCACUGGAAACAGAAGCGGAAAUUCCUGCCUGAAGACAUCGGUCAGUCACCAAUGGCCUCCAUGCCCGAUGGGGACAAAGUGGACUUGGAGGCAUUCAGUGAGUUUACGAAGAUCAUCACCCCUGCCAUCACUCGUGUGGUGGAUUUUGCCAAAAAACUGCCCAUGUUUUCAGAGCUGCCUUGUGAGGACCAGAUCAUCCUGCUGAAGGGCUGCUGCAUGGAAAUCAUGUCACUGCGGGCAGCUGUGCGCUAUGAUCCCGAGAGUGAAACACUGACGCUAAGCGGUGAGAUGGCCGUCAAGCGGGAGCAGCUGAAGAACGGCGGUUUGGGCGUGGUGUCAGAUGCCAUCUUUGAUCUGGGCAAGUCCCUCUCUGCCUUCAACCUGGAUGACACCGAGGUGGCGCUGCUUCAGGCUGUGCUGCUCAUGUCCUCAGACCGCAGUGGGCUGAUCUGCGUUGACAAGAUUGAAAAAUGCCAAGAGACCUACCUGCUGGCGUUUGAACACUACAUCAACUAUCGCAAACACAACAUUCCCCACUUCUGGCCCAAGCUCCUCAUGAAGGUGACCGACCUACGCAUGAUUGGGGCUUGCCACGCCAGCCGCUUCCUGCACAUGAAGGUGGAAUGCCCCACGGAGCUUUUCCCCCCACUCUUCCUCGAGGUCUUCGAGGAUCAGGAAGUCUAGGGUGGGGGGAGGGGGCAAACAGGGUGGCGUGGGAGAAUUGGGGAGGUGGGGCAAUUUGGGACUGGGGCGAUGUCUGGACUUGGGCCGCGGAGCCAUCACCUCAUCACCUUGGACACAACAGAUUUUCUUUGAGGGGGGGGUCUGUUUUGUUUUCAUUUUUCUUUUAAUUUUGUUUUGUUUUGUUUUUCUAAAUAUUGCACGUCAGCGUCAGUGAAUCACGUGGAAGGGGAGGCAGGGUGUUUUUGAUAGGGGCUGGGCCACCAAAAAAGGUCAAAACUAUACAAAACCUUCUUUACGAGGUAGACUUGUGCAGUAGCCAUCACUUGUUUUGUCUAGGCAGACUUAAAAAAUUAAGCAGGUAAUAUGAUUCCCCACCACCACCCGCCCUGCUCAUCUUACUUUCUCUAAUCCCCUUUUGUCCCAAAGUUGUCUUUUCAGGGUGAGACAUUGUCUUAAAUUUUGACAAAAUGUUGAGAAGGGGAACCCUUCUACAUGCUACCCUCCUGCAAAACUUUGCCCUUCUCCCCAUUAAGAAAAAGUACCUCUCCUUCCCAACAGCACUGGAAAUGGUCAGUGCCUCUCUGCUUUAGCCCUGAUCAAACCUCUCUCGUUUAAAUGGACUUGAUUACCAAUAUAUAUAAAUAUAUAUAUGUUUCUUUUGCACAUAACAGUCCCAGCAAACGUCAGAGUGUGUUUGGUUGUUUUAUUUUUGCUUUCAUUUUCUCUUAGAACUUUUAGCAUUUAGUUACCCUCCCCAGGAGGCUAAAUUAUAAAAUGCACUUUUUUGUAAAAGAAAUAAAAGAUUUUUUUUUAAGAAAGAAAGAAAAGAAACUGAGAGAGGAAGAGAGAAGUCCUAUUAAAUUAUUGGGUGGGGGGGAGGAAAGACACAGGUGAUUUGGCAAAAAAAAUAAAUCACAAAUUGAGGUUCAGUGUCCGAGUGUGAAGGACAAAUGCACUUUGAAAUAGACGACUCCCUCUCUCUCCUCCUCCCCUGGUGGAAAAACAGGUGAUUGAAUAAGAAAUCUAUUUUAUUUUGCUUUGAAUCGCACUGCAGGGCUUGAAUCUAAGGGGCACUUGCUUUUUAUUCCAGUGCUGAAGGGUACAUUCAUUGCCUCCUGCAAGAAAAUAAAUUUCACCCUUUCUCCCUGCCCCUGCAAUCCCCUUCCCUCCCCUCCGCAUGGCUUUGGCCAGUCUACCUCCAUGUUGGGCAAGGUGGGUGUGCCCAGUUUGUCCCCACCCACUCUUGCGUUGCCCUUCAGAUGGAAGCCCACACACAAUGCUCCCACUGGGCUUUUAAAGGGCCCUCGCUAGUUCUUUGCACAUGCUUUCCCAUGCCAUGUGGCGGUACACUUCUUGCUGCACUAGUGUUCUUGCUCCCCUUCCUUCCAUGCUCUUCUCUCUGGGGAGGUAACGAGCCAGAAGUCCUGGCUCUUCAGCGCUCCAAGAGAACCAAGUGAGGGUCGAAUCCCUUUUCUUUGUUGUUGUUUUUGCAAAUGGCACUUAUCAAUGGAGAAGACAGGAAACGGAUAAAAAUCACAGGGAGGUGGCAGACACAUCCCAUAACUCAGUGAUCUACAGACUUCUUUGCAUUAAGAGAUCUGGAGGUGACUAGCUCUGCUGACCUGGUUGGGGAAGGUGCCAGGCUUUUGCUCUCUGCUUAAAAACUUUUCUCCUACAAGAGGGAUGGCCAACCUGAGGCUCUCCAGUUGUUGGCUGGAAUACAGCUCUAUCAUCUCCAGCUGAAGGUUGAACCUCAGGUUGCCCCCUCCCCCUCGACCUACAAUAUCCCAUGCCCCACACACCCUUAAACCUUCAGUCUGUUGUAGCACUGAUCAUAAUCAUGCCUAUGGGGAAAAGGGCAAAGACCUCUGUAACUGGAUCCUCUGUGAUGGCGGUAGGGAGAGUAUUGUGUCCAAUAGAAGGGUCACCCUUGUCUGUUCCAACCUAGUUUUCCCUUUCAGAGAGGUGCUGGCUUUAAAAAAAAAAAAAAAAAACCCUUAUUCUGAUGCACUUCUUUACCCACCAUGGUCACCUUCCCUUAAUGGGCAGAACCAAGCCCUUAGUCUUGGGGUGCACAGACUAGGUGGAAGAAAAUGGCAAUUGAGUCUUUGAUGCCCUUAUCUCCCAAAAGAUGACAGAAAAUUUAAGAAUAAUUUUUUAAAAAAACAGAAGAGAAAACUUGGGAUGGACAAACCAACAUUGGAAAACAGAAUCAGUCAAGCAGUGGCCCGCAAAGCUGGUGAGAGAGAGAAAAGAGCACCCCAGGUUUUCAAACCUGUUGACUUGUCUGUCUGUCUCAUUUGCUGACAUAUUUUCAUGUUAGCAUUCUGCUAUCUGUCUGUUCCUGGUUGUUUGGGAAAUGGGCAGAACCUCCGAAGACCUGGCUGACAACUAGUUUCACAGGAGUACCACUCUGAGAAGAGUGAUACAGAGUGGUGGGUCGGACUUCCCUUCUUUUCCCCAAAGUGGGCUACCAUCAAGUCCAUUGCCACAGCUGCCAGACCAUCCACAUGGCUGUCUUGCCUCUGGGAUGGCAACUGGGUGGGGCGUAGUUGGUGCUUAGGUGACCGGAUUUGGUGCUGGACCCUUCAGUUGCUGAUUCCUAUUCUAAAGAUUUGUGGAGCAGGGAAUUUUUUUUCUGCUAUAUGGGGUGGGGGGGGAGAGCACCAGCUUCCCACUUUCUUUUUCCUGUCUGUUUUACUCUUAACACAAACCAGACUGUGAUCACCUUAAUGCAAGUAUUUUGGCACUUAACGCUGUUAAUGGAUCAGACCCCUUGCCUGAGCCACUUCUUCCAUGAUAGAUCCAUCUUUCUGUCAAACUGUUAGCCAGACCUUUCUUACAACUGUAAUGUAAUAUUGGGGGAGUGGGGUAAUUUUUUUAUUUUACUCCCUGCUUCCCCUUCCUCUCUCUCUCUCUCUCUCUCUCUCUCUCUCUCUCUGUCACUUGGUUUCCGUUGAGAAAAACCCUUUACCUCUUACCUCAUUCAAGACGCCGUGGGAAAUGCUACGUGAUGGGUUGGGUGCAUGUCAGAUGUACCAUUUGAAGGUUCAGGGGUCGGCGCAUGGAGAACACAGCUCCAAUUUAAGCUAAUAUACAGAAAUAUAUAUAUAAGUAUGUAUAAUUUUUUUUAAUUAAGAAGAAAAAUCUUUGUACGGGUCUGUUUAAAAAAAAAGAAAAGAAAAAUCAUGCAAACAAAAUUGGGGUUGGAAGAAAAAAGUAGUGGUUUUUGUUUUGGUUUUUUGUUAUCACCUUUAAACGAUGCCAUGGGAUUAAUAGGGGCGUUACGGCUGAGCUGGUAUUGAAAAUGGCCUGGAGUCCCAAAAACCAGCACAGCAUGGCUAAUUAUAUUGUCUAUGCCUAUUCCACAGUUCCCUUCAAACACCAAGCAAACAUAGAAUUCAGUAUUGGGUACAGAUCCUGAGAAUCUCACUUUUUAAAAAAGAGCACGUUUUUAGCCUACGUGGCUUCAAAUAUAGGUGUAAACUCUUAGAGCAGUGGGGCUGAGCAGGCUUCCUAGUUGUACUGGGCACAGACCUCCAGUGCAGAAGCAGAAUGAAUUAUGCAAAAUAAGCACACGUGCUGUUUUGCUCAGUUAUUUGGCUUUUCUUAGGACAGCAUUCUUUUUUUCUUCUUGAUGUGGGAUUUAGAUGUAUGUUUGUUUUCGAACACAAAGCAUACACAGCUCUAGCUGUCUUCCUAUCUGCUAUGUCCCCAGGGAACUGCAGCUGUGUCCAUUGAAACUGUAUCUUGGGAGGCAUAGGAGAUACAAGUUAAUCUACUGAAAUGUUGGGGAGGGAGUGCUGUGUUGAUGGGAUAUUGUAUUGGGGAGGUGGGGAAGGAUGGACUUGGUAGCCUUUCUUCUGGUCCCUUCCAGCCUUGUGGUGCAUCAUUCAAAACCAUUUCUAGCCCUGCACGGAGCCCAGGUCAGUCUUGCCUCAACUGCCCCCCAAGACUACUGUCCAUGCAAUAAUAAUUUGAAAAGCAUCCAAAGAUGAGGGAUUCCAGAGCUUGGUUGGCCAGAUUUUAGUCCAGUAUUUUCUCCUUGUACUUGUACAUAAAUUUCCUGCCCUCAUGUGAACUUAUAGAGUUCCAUGUUUGAAAACCCCACCCCAUCCAUCCCCAAUAAACUGAAGGUUUGGAUCCUCCUCCAUGCUCAGUUGAGCCUUUCCACAAAGGACAUUGAGAAGCAGCCAGCUCACAUGGAUCUCCUUAACUCUGCCCCUCUUGCUGAAGACUCCGUUGCUUUGUUCCUCCCUGAUUUCAUCCUACUCGAUUUUUAAAUCUGUUUUGACCCCAGUGAACCAGUCCUGCAUCCCUUUCCUGAAUAAGCAUGACAGAGACCUCCUAACAUUUAGUACACUUCUCUUCUUGCAUUAAAACGUGUGCUGUGCAGUUAACUGAGGGAGGGAGGGGGAGAGAGAGAUUGAGAGAGAGAGAGAGAGUGUGUGUGUGUGUGUGCGCGCGCGCGCGCCAAAAAGCUACUUUAGACACCAUAGGCUGCAAUUCCUUGCACACUUAUACAGGAGUAAGUCCCAUUGAAGUAAAUGAGACUUGCAACUGAAUAAAACAUGGACAGGGUCAAGCAUUUAUCUUAAAGACUUCUAAGGGAUACACAAGCAAGACCCCUGGAGCUUCUGAACAAUGAACCAAGAGUUCAUCAUGUGAAUAUAUGAUGCUCCCUUAUAUGGAGUCAGACCAUUGGCCUAUCUAGUCUAGUAUUGGCUACUCUGACUGUGACUUGCAGCAGCUCUCCAAGACCUUGGACACUUUAAGCCUUUACCACCCAUGCUACCUGGGAGCCAGAUUAAGCAGGAGGCAGAUCCUGGCAGUUAAUUUACUGGUCAGAAUUUGACUGGAGCAGGGGCAAGGAAAGAGCCAUAUUUAUCAUCAAGAGUUCCCCCAGCCAUACACACUACAUUUCUACUGAGAAGGAGAAAGAUACCGAGUCCUUUAACUUGCUAGCCUUUAACUGGACUCACCAGGGUUGAACCUGGGCCCUUACUCAUGCAAGGCAUGUGCUCUGCAACUGAGCUUUGACCCUUUCCCAUAAGAAAACAUUUGACUUGGUUUCAAAGUGGAUUAUCAUCUGCUUUACCUGUGCUGCGGUUUUGUAUAGGCGACACAAUGUUAAUGCAGAGGAAUGGGCACAUGCACACACCCCUGUGUGGUCAUAGACAAAACUCUAUUCCCUGGAUUGCUCCUCUGUUUUUGCCUCUAUGCAACCCCCGCUCCGCAAGCGAGGAGCAGAAUCAGACCUUUCUGGACUGCUCACACCACAUCCCUGCUGUGCUCCUGCAGCCAUCCCCACCACCCUGUGGUACUAUUGCAGGUGAGGUCAUCUUCUCUUCCUCCAUCAACAUCCUCCUGCAGCAGAAAGGGAAGAAUGAGAUGGCAAGAAGAGACAGCCGUCUGGUCAGGAGUGGGUCACAGCACAGGCAGCCAUUUCCAAUGAAAAAUGGCAAUUGAUCAUUGUUUAUAAAUGGGAGCCACAGUCCAUAGAUUGCAUCAGUCAGUCCAUUUGUGAAUUCUGCCUGCUUUUGUCUUUAGCCUUGCAUCCAGUGAGCAUAUGAAGCGGAGUCAGACCCAUUACUGUCUGCUCUGACUGCCAGUAGCUCUCCAAGGUCUUGAUUAGGAGGUCUUUGCCCAAUCCUGCUCCCUGAGCACCUUCUCACUGGAGAUGCUAAGGGCUGAACCGUAGACUUUCUCCACACAACGCAUGUGCUCCUCUACUGAGCUAUUGUUCCUCCCUAAUUCAAACUUAAUUUAUAUUGCUGUAAUGUUUAACGUUCCUGUCCCAAGCGCUAAGAACUGUUACAGAAAUUCCCAUACAAGUUUGAAAAGUGUGGUAUGAAGCCCACUGAAUGUUGUCCCAUCUCCUUUAAAAGGAACGGCACAGCAGCAAUUCCUGUAUGAGAUUCUAUUUAUCUUUCAGUCUUACAAGGUUUUUAUGCCUUCAAAAUACUGCUGUGGUGUUCUGACUAGCUGACAGCCCAAAAUCUGAUUUACCCAGAAUAUUGAAAUACUGGGGGCAGGAUCCUAAGAGGGCUGCAGUUUUCAAUGGUGAAACCACAGCACACUCUAUGCUCCGUCCCUGCCUCCAUUUCAAAAGUUGCGACAGUGUUACUAGGAAAAUAAGGGACAUUUCCCUUAGUAUGUUUUCUGGACCUCAUCCACACAUGCAGGCACAUUAAGUGAUGGCUUGUAUGUGUGAAUGGACCACCAUGGGUAGAUUUUUCAUAUCUCCCCUUCACAAUGCUUUUUGCUACGUGAGCUGACACAUUCAGCCUCCAGUUCAUGAGUGAUCAAACCGUUUGACCAGAGGUUAAAAUGAAUGCAUGUAGCUAAUGCCCCACACAGCAAUCCCUUGUUUCAAAAUACUGCCACCAAUCUGAUCAAACUCAUCUGUCUCCAGCUUUAGUUUCUCAACAUCUGGAGAGAAGCUGUUCAGUUUUUGCAGACACUUGUCCACACCUAGUGACAGUUUAAAAGAGAUGCUUUGUUGUGCUUACUAACAAUAACAACAACACAUUCACAGGACUCCUGAAACUGCGGCUUUUGCAAAAUUUGAAUGUUACAGCCUAGGCCUUUAUUCUCCUUGCAUGGGUGACCAGAUACCAGGAGGCCAAGAUCCCUGUACCUCUAAGAGUUAUGAAGAAUAUAGUGUUAUGGAGAAACCAUCUGAGAAAGUUCUGAAAUUACUCCUCAGGAGAAACCCUAAAAUUCUCUUCAGUUUCUCCUUGGGAGGAUCGCUGAAAUCCUCUGAAUUUCGAUACAGCCCUCUGUAGAUCAGAUUUCUCACCCCUGCAUAACCUGCCAACAUUCCCAUUUCAAUACAGCGUUUAAAGGUACAGAUGCCCAGCUAUCCAUUGCAUCUGGUUACCCUACAUGUGUGCGCACACACACAACUUGCAACUGCCAUUCUGCCAGCCAGCCUUUCAAGGCCUCCUCAACCCCAUAGCUCUAUGCUGGGGUUCUGAAGGUUAAUGCCGCCUCUUCCCUUGAGGGCAGAGGGAGAAAUGCAUUUCUUCUGCCUUACUUUUGGCAUGCAAGUGGGCUCAUAAGCUUGCAUUGAAAGACUGGAACCGUUUGCACUUCUACAAUUCUUUUGACAGUCAGUAAGAAAGGGUGCUCAGGAGUAACUAAAUCUGCAUUCAGUGGUUUUCAGCUCAUCCUCACUGGCUGAGCCCAAACCCUUAAUGAAUGAAGAAAAGCAAAUGACACGUAGCCGUUCUUUCAUCAACUUGUCCCCAAUCUACCUCUUUGAACAUCAUCUGGAAGAAAAGCCUCUCCCCUACCUUGGCUCUGCCUACCAUGUUCUGAGUUUUUCUCCGGUUCAUUCUGCAAGUGAGAUGUCUCUUUUGGUUCUGGUAUGAGGCAGCCCAUGGCUCCACCUGGUACCCCUUCUGUUAUGGGGGCAGGGCACACCAAAGAUUUGUGACACACACACACACCCUGAUGGCACGUCUGCACUCUGUGGAAGUGCGAGAGUUAACGCCAAAGGCUGACCCUACCCCCACCAGUGCCAUUUUUCAUGAUACAGGCAAGGCAGCAGAAUGAGCAUUUGGGUGCUCAGGGAGCCGGCAGAGAUUGCCAAUUUUGAGCAGACAACAUGACUUACGAAGGCCAGCCAUGUGCACCAACUUGUGUGUUUUGUCUAUGUGAGAACAUGAUUUUGAACCUGUGGUGUGAGAAGAGUAUGCAUUCUUGUGUAGGAAGUAUCCCAAUUGUGUUUUAUCCACUGUCCAGGUGUUUAAAGGUUUGUGUGUGCGCGCGCAUCUGCAUGCAAGUAAAGCUUGAGAGAGAGAGAGAACGUAUUGAUCAGCUCAGGUGUGGGAGGGGGGCAUGCAGGCUGUUUUCCCAUUGUGUUUUAAUUAUCUGCCAGUGUGAACAUGUCUCCCCACCCCCCCACACACACCUUUAUGUUGUGAGAACCGGCUUCAGACUUCAGUGUGUACACACGAGCAUUUCUAUGCUUCUGGCGGCACACCUGUCCCAGCGUGCCUGUAUUUUCCAUCCUCCAUAUAGCUGGGGCAGGGUGUGCACCCCCUAUUACUUGGGCUGUGCAUGCAUGCUUCUUGUCCUGACUACGGCCAAGUGAAUGCACCCAGCGGGGGUGUAGGAUGGUUGGUGGUGGCCCCAGGACAGGAUGUAAGAGUGGGCACCAUGCCUCCUGCCACUGCCGGGUGUGCUACCCCACGCCAGGCCCAGCAUCAGCAUGCUGAUGCAGGGGGUGUUGCCAGUGCCAGACAUGGACGUGUGGCCUGUUACCCUCUCCCAGCUGGUAAGGGCAAGUGCUUUCUUCACCACCUGGAUGCUUUAUCUCCUGGCAAUGAUGCAUGGGAGGUGCCACGCUGGUGGCAGCCCAGAAACAUUUGUCCUCCCCCCCCCCCAGGCCAAUGGUGGGUACUAUACCACUGGCACCCAGGGGUUGCAAGUAUGGUGAUGUACCCGUUUUAAAUCAUAUACUUGGAGCUAUUGAGCCAAGCAUAUGGAUCCAUCUACAGAUCCGUAGCAGAGCCAAAAUGUACGUAUUUGAGUGCUCAGCUAGGCAAGUGACCACUUUCAUGUGUGGGUCCAUAUCUGCAAGAGUCUAUGUUCUUUGUUUUAAACUACCCUGUGUGACCAUGAACUGGCAACACAUCCUCACCAUUUCUGCCUAAAGCACUCCCGGCAGCUUCCCCCAUCUCUUCUCCCUGAUCCCACUUGCUCACCAUCUUGUACAAGGAGCCAAAACACUCCACAUUUCAUCCCCUUCUCGGUCCCAUUUUGAGCCUGUCUGUUUGCUGACCACCACUUCUUCUUUUUUUUCUGGAGGCCUUAACACUAUUCCUUAACCAGCCAGCAGGGGAGUAAUUUCAUACACCAAGCCAUGUACAGUCUGUUCUGUAUUUGUAACUCUUGUAAAUAUUUGUAUAUAAUUAGUCUAGGCAAAGAUUUCUAUGUCUAGGGAGGCGUAAUUGAGGCCCUAUUUGCUCUCAUAUUAACAAGCUUGCAAGGCAUUUAAAACACCCCUGAUUAUCAGGAAGAGAGGGGGUGGGGUAUUAAUUCAUCAUUGCCUUAUACCAAAUAAUGAAGUCUCCUUAAAAAGUAAUAUUUUGGUCUUCUCCUCAACUUGCUCGCCAGGCGUAUCCAGCUCUAGAGAAUGGGAAAUUCCACAUUGUGUGUGAUGUUUAAAGCCCUGAGAAAUAUUGUCCUGAUUGGUUCCAUCUUGGAGUUAAACCCCAGUAUGUAAAUGUAUAUAGUUAGAGAGAGAGAGAGAGAGAGAGAGAGAGAGAGAGAGUGUGUGUGUGUGUGUAAUAUAUAUGGCACAAUUGUGCAGUAAGUCCUCCUGUGCAAACCCUAUCAGUUUAGUGGGGCUUUCACAAAACUUCUGCUCAAUUGUACCCAGAGAGAGAGAGAGUCUGUGUACAUAGUUCUAUCAACCGUGUGUGUUUAUUAAAUAUGCACGGAUUCCCUAUGCACACUAAGUGUAAACCUCCCUGUGCACUUUGCACGACCUCGUGCCACACACGCACGCACACAUGUGUAUGUGCACAACUUGCCACUCAUAAUCCCUCCCAAAUUUGGGCAAAAAACAAGAGAGCCACCAUCCUUUUUGUAGCUCAUUUGACUCCCCUUCAUGUUUCCUUAUCUUCAGUGGAUGGUAUCCUUUUAUCCCCUUGAGGCUCCAAGAAGAGCAUGAGGCUGAGAUACCCAAUUACAAGAGGCUAUGUGUCAUUUCAGCUGUGCGCAGGAUAGUGUAACUGGGGUUGGUCCUGCCGCGGUCAGUUUUAUCUACCCAAUAGGCCUGGACUCAUUUGGCUAAAUUGUUUGCCUGCCUUUGUUCUCUUGAAUGACUGGACCAUCGAGCUUGACCAACUAGCUGCUCUCUUUCUUUUUUGGGAGUAGGAGCCUCUGUCUCCAGUCCUUGAGCUCUUAGUCAAGGGAGGUGGUAGAGCUACACAUUUUUACGAGCAAGAGACUUUUGACAUAAGGCCUGGUUCACAUGUACAUGUUCAUCACUUGUUAAACAAUGGGAGAGAGGGAGCCUGUGUGUGACAAUGUGCUAUUAACACACUAGACAGAACUCUUGCAUCAUUUGAUAUCAAGCCAAAAGGAUAGGUCUCUGUUCACACAGUCUUUGGAGUUUGAUUGAGUGAUGUAAUUGGUUGUGUGAAGCAGCCCUUGCAACAUCUGGCUCAUCUGGUUAUACUCUAGAAAGAGGGAAAGGGGCAGAAAUGAUAAGACUCCCUCCCAAGGGUUGUUCAGGUUAUGGGGCUGUGGCAUCGUAGCCAAAGAAAUCCUUUCCACCCUGGCCAUUUCCUCUAUGCCAUCUCCUGGGUGAGUUAUCUAUCCUUCCCCUCAUUCUUUCAGAGGGCCCACUGCUAUAGUUUUCAUCUACAACCCUAUUCUAUCCUCCUUCCCACUCCUCAUGGGGAACUAGGUGGCUUUGCAUACAUACUUUAUAAGGAGAGGAGCAGAAUCUGUACAUUUUGAGUUCAUAGCAGGGAUAUAUGCAAGGCGCUCCCUCUAGUAGGGAGGGCUGUAAAUGGGAGGGAUUUUCCUCUAAAGAGUUAUUGCUGUGCACCCAUCUUCCUGUAGAGGGCACUGUGAAACAUCUCAUAAUGACUGCUGGAGCAAGUGUAUCGAGGCCUGUACCUCAAACCAACAUGAGAGAAAAGGAGAGGACUUGGGGGUGACUCCUUCCCCUGAGAGCCAGAAAACCCUGCCUCAAGUGCCACUCACCAUCAUGCCAAUCCUCUCAUAUCUUGCCUCUAGAGGCAGGGCAAGGUGGCAGCAGCUGUUUCCCCAGCCCCUGUUCUUGUGGGUACCAAGUCAUAUCUUCAUAGGGUUGGUAUCCAACCUGUCUUGAGAGGCCCAAGGCCUUUGCAGCUGGUAGGAGGAGGUCUUGCUCCUUGGGGGCAGAAUGCCCCACUGCCCUCCGCUUCCUUGUGAAGCAUUUAAUGACUGUGACAAUUUGUGGGUAGGAGCCAGUUUUUGCCACACCAGAGGUCUGUUUGGAAGAGCGGAGAGGGCUCUCAUCCUGUACCACUUCUCAGUAUUCCUUUGCCAAGUACAUACCUCAUCGUUCCUGCAGAUGAUACCCCACUGAUCUCUUCUGCACCUCUGCCCGACCUUAGUCCUCUGAGGGAAUUACUCAAGGGGUUGUGCAGCUUUGGAUCCAGACUAGAAGAUUUGGGACAGGGAAGCUGUUCUCAGAUAUUUGGGGAGAGAAGGGAGUUUCUAAUAAGGGGACACCCCCAUAAACUAUGCAUUGUGGUUUUUCCCCCUCGCAGUCCAGAGCAGGGAAAGAAACUGUGAGCAGGGAGUUAGUGAAUGUACGUUUGGGACACGGGAUUUUCAGUGUGUUUCAGAAGGGGUAUCGGUGGGGGGGCGGGGAUCAGAGGGAGGGACAAGCCCGGUGGGGAAACUGUCCCCCCUCCCCCUCAUCCCCUCCCCCACCCUCUCCCCUCCCCCCCUCUUUUGCGUCUGGGAAGCAGGAAGCUGCUGGUGUAAAAAUACGACAAUCACAAUUUGUCUGUGACGUGCGAUUUUGAAAAAAAAAAACCUGAAAAGUUUGGGGCGAGGAAAAAAAUAACCCUUUUUUGUGUUUUUGGUCAGGAUUUUAAAGAAAGAUAUUUUUAUGGUAAUUGUCGCUGGUCUAUUUUACUAUAUAUUUAUGUAAUAAAUAUAUGAUUAAAAAAACAAAAACCUACCCUAAAAAAAAAAAAACCAACCCUCACAGCCCCAACUGGUUUUUGGUGUCUCAUUUCUGGUGAUU